CCCCUUUACCCCCGGCGCUGGAGUUCCGCCUCGCGCGCGCGACGCGCCUGUCCUAGAACGAGAGAGAAGACACGCGACCCUUCCGCGAGGCUCGGUUCCGCGUCCGCUCGUGGGAGGCGCGCUUGCCAUAGGUCUCACCCACACCCCCUCCCCUCCCCACCCGCUCCCAACGCCGAGAGGAGGCCCUGGGCAUUGCUUUGCAAAAUGGCGUUCCAAGGAUAUCAUUCAUCUGAAAUAUAUCAUUACAUUCAUCUCCCAUUAAAAAAAGCAGACCAAGAUAAACCAGGAAAUGAAAAGGAAUGCUGAGUGUUUGCGAAAUCAAGAUACACUGACCGCAUCCAUGUUACAAGAAACCCCGUUUGACAACUUGUGUCUGACAUCUCAAGCUAUUCUUGAGAGAGCCCAAAAACAAGGAAGAUCAAAAUGCCCCAGAUGUCACGGAUCAAGGAUGUUCUACUGUUAUUCGUGUUACGUUCCAGUUGAAACUGUUCCUGUUGAAGAUAUUCCUAUUGUGAAGCUUCCCUUGAAGAUUGAUAUCAUCAAGCAUCCCAAUGAAACAGAUGGCAAAAGUACAGCUGUACACGCCAAGCUUCUGGCAUCUGAAGAUGUUACCAUUUAUACAUAUCCAUGUAUUCCUGACUAUGAAGAAAUGCAGCAUGAAAUUGCACUUAUUUUUCCUGGACCUAAUUCAGUUUCAAUAAGCAACAUUCCUCUCUCUUUGCGAACAAAAUGUAAGACGGAUACCAAGGACUUAUCAGCAGAACCAGCACCCAAGUGUGCAAAAUUGGAGCCAAGCCACAGUAGAAUCAUGGGUGAAGAUAAAUUGGCCAAGAGCGAAAAUGCACUGAAAAAAAUUGUAUUCAUCGACAGUACAUGGAAUCAGACAAACAAAAUAAUCACAGAUGAGCGGCUCCAAGGGCUGCUACAAAUUGAGCUGAAAUCAAAGAAAACCUGCUUUUGGCGCCAUCAGAAAGGAAAACCAGAAACAUACCUCUCUACCAUUGAAGCAAUUUAUUACUUUCUAGUAGACUAUCACAAGGAGGUCUUAAAAGAACACUAUGAUGGACAGUACGACAAUUUGCUUUUUUUCUUCUCAUUUAUGUACAAGCUGAUCAGGAAAGCCAAGGAUUCUGCGGGGAAAAAGUAAAGUGUUCCUCAUGCAAAUGUCCACAAAAGAAAUGUGAUCCAUUAUCCUUUAAAACCAGUCCUUUAAAACAGGGGUCUCCAACCUUGGUCCCUUUAAGACUUGUGGACUUCAACUCCCAGAACUUCUAAAGUUUCCUUCUAAAGCAGGAAUGUCCAACCUUGGCAUUUUUAAGACCUAUGUGUGUGUGGGGGGGGGGGGGGAUAGGUCUGGAAUUCAACUCCCAGAAUUCCCCAGCCAGCCUUGUUUAUGUAGUGCUUCCUUACUUUUGCUGCAUAGCAAACUUCAGGAAAAGUUGACAUUUCUACACCAGAGAUAAAUUACUUUCUGGAGGAAGGGUGUUUCUCAACCUACAAGGGACAUGACUAACAUUUCCUCACUUUUUGUGAGUUUUUUUUUUUUAAAUGAGCCCAUUACAAUUGCCUAAUGCCUAAUGUCAAAAGAUUAAGGCACCUAUUAUGAUGCCUAAUAUUAAAAAAUAAAACUUGUGCCAUCAAAAAUUGGCAGUCCUGAUUAAAGCUCACAGAUGAUCUAUCUGUGAUGUCUAGAAGAUACCAUUAGUUAUCCUGCUUGGUACUUCUAGAGAUUACAGCCCUUUUAAACUUCGUCUUUAUUUAUGGAAGCCAGCAUGAGGAUUGGCACUUAUGUUUUCUUUGCACAGGAGCAUAUCAUUUGCUUCUAAGAUUGCAGCAAAAUAACAAUCUCAGAAGUUCAAGGCAAAAUAGGCAGUCCUCUUUAUAAGGUAUAAACCUAGCUGCAAUCAAACAUGGAUAGAAGCUACAAUAAAACACAUUAGAGGAUGGGUCGUGCAUCUUAAAUCUUACAUGUUGUAUAAAGCUGCAUACAUCGUCGUUGUUAGUUGCAAAGUUGUGUCCGACCCAUCGUGACCCCAUGGAUUCCAGAGGAUGGUAGAGGAUAGGAAGGCCUGGAGGAAAGUUGUCCAUGGGGUCGCGAUGGGCCGAAAGCUGCAUACGUACUGUAAUGAUUCAAAUGAUAAAUAUCUUUUGGAGUCAUCAACACCCCCCCCCAAAACUUAAUGCUUUUAUUGUGCAUAGUUCUAUUAUUACUUAUUUCUACUGUCAAUAAAAGGCCAUCGUGGCUUUGUGUUACAAUAAUCUAACCCUGAAAGACAUUCAUGGUGUCUUCCAGAUCUUAUUUCCUUGGGAAACAUUUGCAAAUUAUUUAGAAGCAGAGACAGAGAAACCGCUUAUGUCAACAAAUGUUGAAUUGAUUUUAGGGUUUUUGCUUUAAACCUCACACACCAAUCAAGUUUUGAGAUUCAGAACGUAUUUGGAUGUACAGAUAGAAAUAGUCACACAGGGGAUGACAAGGGUUUGUGCUUUGCCUAAAGGUCAAAAGUUUUUUUUUUAAAAGAAUUGGAAAGGAAAGGAAGAAGAGUGGAGCAGAAGAGAGAUUUGGUGUCUAACCUAGGAUAUCCAUGCCAUUAAAUUUGUACGUUUGAUUCACUCACUGGUUUUCAGAUUUCUCUGAAUUCCAAUCAAGGAGACUAUUUCAGGGCCCUUGUUUCUCUGAAUUCAUACCAUGUCCUGCUCACUUCAGAAGUCAAGUAUUCUGCUGAAAAGUAGUGCCAAACAUCAAACCAGGUUGUGUCCCACAAUCUGCUUGUUUAUGGGAGUCUUUUCUGUUAUUACCUUCUUUUUCCACUGCUCUGUAAAUUCUUUAAACCUGUAAGGUGAUAUUAUCAGGUGCAGAAAAUUUACUAUAGGACAGCACAGAUGCAUGGUUAACAUAGGAAUAAAAGGGGCUUUUAUUAAAUAACUUUAUAAAAUGAUUUUGAUACAGGUUCACUCGUUACCACAAAUUGCUUUUAUCCCACCAGUACAGUGGUGGGAUUCAAAUUUUUUUACUACCAGUUCUGUGGGUGUGGCUUGGUAGGCAUGGCGUGGCAGGGAAAGGAUACUGUAAAAUCUCCAUUCCCUCCCCACUCCAGGGGAAGGAUACUGCAAAAUCCCCAUUUCCUCCUCAUCAGCUCGGGAGGCAGAGAAUAGAUGGGGGCGGGGCCAGUCAGAGGUGGUAUUUACCUGUUCUCUGAACUAAAAAUUUUGGCUAUUAGUUCUCCAGAACUGGUCAGAACCUGCUGAAUACCACCUCUGCACCAUUAUUAGCCUAACUCCAUAUUAUUCCUAGCCUGUCUUCCUAACAGGAGAAGUAUUACCAGUCUUACACUCUGAAGCUCCUCGGACCUCUUCUUCAACUUGCACUUCCCAAAUCUCUCUUCCUGAAGCCCAUCCAUUGAUUGAUUAUCCUGCCACUUAUUCUUCACAAGCUAUCACUAUUACACCCUAGAGCAGACAAUUCAAACUUUAGACCCAUCCCUUCGUCCACAAGAUCCCUCUCUUUGAUGAUGGAAUGUCCUCUCCAGAGGACUAAAUCUGGCCCAGAAAUGAUCACUUGUCUUUUAUUGUACGGGUUGAAAAUGUCAUAGUAAUGUUAGAGAAACAAGUGGAUGGAUGGGUGGAUGGGUGGAAUGGGUGGGUGGGUGGACAGAAUUUUCACCCAUAUAAAGACACAGGAGCCACUCAUUUCUCAUAUGAGUUAGAU